GAGCCCUGUUUAUUCCAGAGAAGCAAAUGGGCGGUCAGGGGAUUUAAAAUGACCUCUCAAGCCUGAUCUAUAAGCAGAAAGCACAGAUGUAGUAUGAUGUACGGGUGCGAGGCUUCUGCAUGGCUUUGCAAAUUUCUCAUGAACUUCUGCGCGCUUUCGGAGUAAAUGAAGUACCCAGAGUUCACGUGCGAGGAGCGCGCGAUCCAGUGGAUCCCGAGCUGCAGGAAGGGGCUGCGCGCGCGCACACACUUACACACGCACACGCACAUACACACGCAGUCACCAUGUUCAUCUGCAGCAUGGAUUUCAGGAAUACUAAGUAUGAAAGGUAAAAAAAUGCAUUCAAGACUGCUUACUUUUCAGCCUCAACUGUACUUGCUAUUCAUGAACAGUCGAGUUCCAUCCAGCAAAAGAUAUCAGCCAACUGAAUAUGAACAUGCUGCCAAUUGUGCUACACAUGGGUUUUGGAUUAUUCCAAGUAUCAUGGGCAGUUCACUGCUGUACCUCCUCUCUGACGACAAAUGGGAAAGCAUCACAGCAUGGCUUUAUGGCACCGGACUGUCUGGCCUGUUCAUCAUGUCCACUAUGUUCCACACCGUGAGCUGGAAGAAGAGUCACUUGCAGAUUGUAGAGCAGUGCUUUCACAUGUGUGACAGGAUGGUGAUUUAUUUCUUCAUCGCUGCCUCGUACGCCCCCUGGUUGAACCUGAGGGAGCUCGGCCCCUGGGCGGCACACAUGCGCUGGCUGGUGUGGAUCAUGGCCUGUGUGGGAUCUGCUUAUGUCUUCUUCUUCCAUGAAAAGAACAAGAUACUGGACCUGACUUGCUACACGGUUAUGGGAGCCGUUCCUGCAUUUGUGCUUUUGUCAAUGCCAAACAGGGAGGGCGUGUUGGAGUUGUCCAUGGGCGGAGUUUUUUACUGCUUGGGCGUGGUUUUCUUCAAGAGUGAUGGCCUUGUUCCUUUCGCUCAUGCCAUCUGGCACAUCUUCGUGGCUAUAGGAGCAGCUAUCCACUAUUAUGCUAUAUGGAGGUAUCUGUAUGCAACAGGAAGCAGCCAUGUGAAAAGUUCCAGGUGACACACGGAGUUGCUGAUGGACAUCAUGUGCUGCCUGGGCCACGAGGACCCAUGUGUUUACUUGUAUUGAGAAUUUAUUCCCAGUAAUUUAAUUGACAAGAAAAACCAGUUGGACCUGCUCAUGUGCUGCCUUUCACACGAUCAACAAACCAGUAUCCUGUACUGUAUUU